AUUACUUUUCCAAUCGUUUCGAUUUCUAAAAAUUCUCUCCUCUCUCUCAACGCAAACACCAAAAUCCAAAUUUAGGGUUUUUUCUUUUUUCUCAUUCUUCUAUUGAUCUCUGUAAACGCUGUUGAAAUCACGAAGAUGGCAUCAACCGGUUCCUUCUCUAAUCAAAGAAACGCACCAUUCCAAAACGCAAACGCUGGAGCGACGCUGAAGAGAGGAAUCAACGACAAUCGCGGUUACGGAGGCGGACAUUAUCAAGAGGAGCGGAACCGUUACGCGCCGCCUCAGAAACGUUUCAGAUCGCAACCGCAACCACAACCACAACAACAACAGACGCAGUUCCGAUCUGGCAAGAUUCCUCUGUAUCAUCAUCCUCAUGGUAGUAGUAAUAAUAACAUGUCUAGGGUUUCUUCUCAAUCAUAUAACAAUUACGGUGUUGAUGUGAUUGCUUCUAAUUCAAGUUUUCCAUUACGUAACAAUGUUUCUUCUAACACCAACAAUUAUCAGAAACCCUUUGUUGGUUUUGGUAAUAACCCUAACCCCCAAAUUGUUCCGGUUCCGUUACCGUGUCGUAAGCUUUACGAUGAUGUCGCUUUAGAUUCGUUGCCCGAAUGGGUUCCGACUCAUCAGUCUGUCUCAAGAACCCUAACUCCAAAUUAUCCUGUUCCAACAACGAAUUUUGUGCCAAACACAACUGUUCAAGCACCUGUUUUAACGAAUUAUUCGAACAUGGCUUCGGUUGUGUCACAAUCUAUGUCUCAACCAAUUGUUUUGAGCAAACAAUUGAUAGCGUUGCUUAGUGUUCUUAACAAUGAGAAAGAGAAAGAGAAGCCAACUUCAGAAGCAAGUAAACCCGGUGAAUUGCCUCUUGGGUUAAGCUUUGAUAACCCAUCAUCACUCAAUGUGCGACACGAAUCUGUGAUUAAGUCUUUGUACUCUGAUAUGCCGAGGCAAUGUUCAUCGUGCGUGGUUAGAUUCAAGUGUCAAGAAGAGCAUAGCAAGCAUAUGGAUUGGCAUGUGAGGAAGAACAGGACGGCUAAAACCGUUGGGAGACAGGGUCAACAGCCGAAGAAGUCGCGGGGAUGGCUAGCGAGUGCUUCCUUGUGGCUUAGUGCAGCAACUGGAGGAGGGAUGGAACAAGCGGCGAAACCAUCUUUUGGAGGAGAAACGCAGAAGAAGAAGGAAGAGCAAAAGCAACUCGUAGUGCCUGCGGAUGAAAACCAGAAGAAUUGCGCGUUGUGUGAAGAGCCGUUUGAAGAGUUCUUUAGCCAUGAAGAUGAUGAUUGGAUGUACAAAGAUGCAGUGUACUACAACAAGGAUGGUCGUAUAGUUCAUGCAAAAUGUAUGCCUGAAACCCGACCUGCAAAGGAAUCGAGAGAGCUGCCGAGGGUAGCGUCUGUUACAGUUCCACCGGUUGCGAGUGCAAUAGUCUGUUGAUUGAGAUUUGCAGUACUCUUUUUUAUCUCUGUUUUAAGUCAUUCGUUUUUUUUAAGUAUUGUACAUACAAAGUUUCAAGUUGUAAAACAAAUUCAAAUCAAUGAAAACUUCUUUUUUUUU